CUCAAGUUUGGAGAAAAGGACUCCUGGAUCAAGACAACUUCAUUUUCAAAGCUUGAAACUGAAACCUCUAACCGUUUGAUAUUAAAGACACUCUUAACUUGCUUCACCAUACUAUUAUGAAUACUAUUUAGUUUGGCUAAUGUCAAUUAUCUCCAAAGGCAUAUAGUUCCCAAGAACCAUGGCUUCUUCUUUCCUCCUUCUCUUUAUCAUUUCUCUCGCCUUUCCCUUCAUUUCUUCAUCAAACUCCUCCACAUCAAUCCCUCUUUCAUUUCUUAACACCAACUCAAAUCAAGAUUUUUACCAAAAGCUCACUCAUUUAGCUUCUUUCUCUUUAGCUAGAGCUCAUCAUAUCAAGAAUCCUCAAGAUUCUUCACUUUCCAACAUCCCUUUGUAUCCACAUAGCUAUGGAGGCUACUCAAUUACUAUUCCAUUUGGUACUCCUCCUCAAAAAAUGCCAUUUGUCAUGGACACUGGCAGCAGCUUUGUUUGGUUCCCAUGUACUAAAAAGUACCAAUGCUCCAAAUGUCCUGUUUCUUCACAAAAAAAUCCUACUUUUAUUCCAAGAUUGUCAUCUUCUGCUAGAAUUCUUGGAUGUUUGAAUCCAAAAUGCAUUUGGAUUCACCCAAAAACUAGUCCAAAAUCUCUUUGCCAUGAUUGCGAAUCGCGUAAUAAAACAAAUUGUAAACAGGUUUGUCCACCUUAUAUGAUUCUUUAUGGUUCCGGUUCCACAGGUGGGAUUGGCCUAGUUGAAACACUGGAUUUACCAAACAAGAAAAUAUCCAAUUUUGUUGUUGGUUGUUCUCUGUUCUCCUCCCAACAGCCUGCGGGAAUUGCGGGGUUUGGGAGGGGAAUUUCAUCAUUGCCAAACCAAUUAGGGGCCAAGAAACUGUCUUAUUGUCUUUUAUCUCACAGGUUUGAUGAUAUUCCCAAGAGUAGCAUGCUUGUUUUGGAUACUGUUUAUGAAAAGUCUAAAAAUUUGAGCUACACCCCAUUGCUAAAAAAUCCAGUAGUUGUUGGAAGAAAUGCAUUAUCAGGGUACUAUUAUGUUGGAUUAAGAAAAAUAACAGUUGGUGGGCAAAAAGUGAAGAUACCAUAUCAUUAUUUGGCACCAAAUUCAAAAGGGAAUGGUGGGACAAUAGUGGAUUCAGGCACAACUUUCACUUUCUUGAAUCAUGGUAUUUUUGUGCGUGUGAUGAAUGCAUUUGUGAACCAAGUAAAGGGGUUUUCAAGAAUUGAAAAAAUUGAAAGAUUGACAAAUUUAAGGCCAUGUUAUAAUGUUUCAGAGCAUAAAACAGUGUCAUUGCCACAAGUGAAGUUUCAUUUUCAAGGGGGUUCAGAGAUGGCAUUGCCAUUGGAAAAUUACUUCUCUAUUGUUGGUGAAAAUGAUGUGAUUUGUUUGACAAUGGUGACUGAUUCUAAGCUCGAAUUGUCUACCGGUCCAUCGAUAAUUCUAGGGAAUUUUCAAAUGCAGAACUUGUUUGUUGAGUUUGAUCUCAAAAAUGACAAGUUUGGGUUUAGGCAUCAAGUGUGCUAAUGAGAAGGAAGUUUGAGGAAAGGAAAUGGUGAAUAACUAUGUUGCUUGGACCCUCUAAAAAUGUUAUCGCAUUUGUGUCGGACUAUGUUGCUCGAACUCUCUAAAAAUGUUGUUGCUUGAACUCUCUCAAAAAUAGUGCAUUUUUGGAGGAUACAACAUGCACUUGUCAACAUUUUCAAAGAGUCCGAGGAACAUAAGUGUUGGAUGCACUACUUUUGGUGAAUAGAACAUGCAACGAUCGGCAUUUUUAGGAGUCUGAACUGUUGUUAAAGACUUUAACUUUUGUGUAGUUCUUUUACUUGAACUUUAGAAUAAAAGAUAAAAA